CCUAAUCUUGUUUGUUGUGAAGGCGUGGUGGUCAUCAAUCAUGUAUCCGGUAUUGCAGCAGCAGGCAAUGCUAUAUGAUGUUGCGUUUAGGAGGAAUACUUGUUGUAUAACAAAUCAAAAUCAAAAGCAACAGCAUCAGCAGCGGAGAAGCAACUCGGCCAGAGACAGAGUAAUAGAUUUCGGUAAAUAUAAAGGGAAGAUGCUGGGAAGCCUCCCAUCAACGUAUCUGAAAUGGGUUUCAAAAAACUUACGUGCACGGGAUUUUGAGGAAUGGGCGAUUCUUGCAGACCAAGUCCUUGUGGAUCCGAUCUACAGAGACCGCAUCGAGUGGGAGUUUGCUCUCGAUGUGUUAGAUGGAAACUGUGCUAGAUUAUCAUCCACUGGAUCCGCAGAUUCUAAACUCCACGAGAUAAGCGAGAGGUUUGGUUGGGAUAAUCUCGAUAAGAUUGGUUGGAGCAAAGUUGAUUUCGACCUUCUUGGUACUUCUAAAGGAGGCAGAAUUCCGAGACUAGACAAUCGCAAUCCAAGUGACGCCGACGCCGCCAGUGAAUCCAAUAAGUACCCAAGAAGUGCCAAGUAUCAACUAACUCCAACCGACGCCACUGAUGCUACUACUGGUAUCAGUAGUAAUAGUAGUAAUAGGAGUAGGAGGACGGAGAGAAGAGAGAAACUGAAACUGAAAAUGAGGACCACGACACAAGAAGCACAACAACAACACAAGGAGGACGAUACUACUGUGGCUGCUGAUAUUAAACAACAAGUUGCCGCCGCCAAUCCAUUCCCAGGACGUCAGGCUCUUCUCCGCAAAGCCAUCAACCACCGCGCACAAUCCUAAACCACAUCUCAUAUCGUAUUUUUUUUUUCUUCUUUUCUAAUUAAUUCCAUAUUUCAUUGUCGUCUCUAGUAGAUGCAUUUAGUAUGGUUUGUAAUUGUAGACACUUUGCCUUGCUUGCUCACUGAUUGAAUCCUAUCUCUGCAUAUUUUGUGCUCAAA